AUGUCUUACUCUCUCCAUCCAGCCAUCGACAGUGGCUUUUCGAAAGGCAGCGAGAACUUCUCCGGCGGCAAGCUCCACUGUCUCUGCAAGUCCAGCCCAGUCGAAGUGACCCUGGGAAGCAACGUCCUACACAACCACGCUUGCGGAUGCAGCAAGUGCUGGAAGCCCAGCGGUGCCCUGUUUUCCGUUGUCGCCGUCAUUCCCAGGGACAAGGUCUCCGUCACCGCAAAUGGAGACAAGCUCAAGAUCGUCGACGAGUCCGCCACCAUUCAACGCCAUGCGUGCAAGGACUGCGGCGCACAUUUGUUCGGACGGAUCGAGACGGACCACGCAUUCAAGGGACUCGACUUUGUCCAUGUCGAGUUGAGCGAUGAGAAGGGAUGGCAGGAGCCUCAAUUUGCGGGAUUCGUGUCCUCCAUUGCGGAGCAGGGAUUCCCUGAGAACAAGUUGGAUGAGGUGCGCGGGAAAUUCAAGGCUGUGGGCUUGGAGUCCUACGAUGCCUUGAGCCCUCCUCUCAUGCAAGCUCUUGCCGACUUCGCAGCCAAGAAGUCCUCGCUGUAA